UGCGCCGACCGCGAUGAGUCUUUUGCCAAAAACGACUGCAGAUUUUGGAUCCACCGAGUACUGGAACAGCUUUUUCCGCAAACGCGGCAAACAGGCGUUUGAAUGGUAUGGCGAGUAUCCGGAACUUUGUGGGCAUCUACACAAAUACAUCAAGCCAAAAGAUGAGCUCCUCGUGGUCGGCUGCGGCAACUCGAAGCUCAGCAUGGACCUUUACGAUGUGGGCUUUAAAAAGAUUACCAACAUCGACAUCUCGCCCGUUGUCAUCAAGCAGAUGCAGGAUGCGAAUCGCACCACACGGCCGGAGAUGACCUGGAACCAGAUGGAUGCCACGGCCAUGUCCUUUCCGAAUGAAUCAUACUCUGUGGUGCUGGACAAAGGAACACUCGAUGCACUGUUUACCGACAACACCGAACCGGUGGUAACGACCGUGCGGAAGUAUUUCUCCGAAAUCGCUCGCGUUCUUCGGACGGGCGGUCGAUACGUUUGUGUUUCGCUGCUUCAAGAACACAUUCUGCGCGAGAUUGUGGAUCACUUUCCGGCUCAUCAUUUCAUGUUGCGCAUUGUGCGCUGUGCAGAAGCCGGUUUAAAGCAGCCAGAAAAUGAUGACAGUUCAUCGCUCGUCGUGUUUGCCGUUGUGGCGACAAAAUUUAAAGCCCUUCCGAUGCGGGUUCUCGAACUGUGCCUAGCGGGCGAUCAGAUGGAACGUGUGCAACGGCCAGAAGAACUUAUUGCAGCCAUCGCGUCCGCCCAGAAAGCCGCAAUGGUAUGCAACGGGUUGGCCCGAGGCAGCAUCGCCGGGAUGGCGGAGGUUUCUCUCGAUCUGUUUCACCCAGCAGAGAAGCAAAUCCCUCGGUACACGAUCCACGUGCUCGAUAAGGCACCCUCUCGCGGCAGCGGCAAGUAUGCGGCAUUCAUCGUGCCCCAAGGACGUGAAACGGAAUGGCUAUUCGCGACUCCGGCCGGUCGCCAAAAGUUACAACAAUCGGCCAACUUUGACCGGCUCGCCGUAGUAACGAUGCAUCGUGGCCAGCGGUACGAGGAUCUCGAGACGGUCAAGGACGAACUCGGAGAAAGUGUCAAGUCACUGGCACCGGCUGGAAUUACGGGCGCGAUACCUUAUCUUUCGAUCGGUGCUGAAGUCGGCCGGCGAGAAACGAUUCACGCCGGGCACAGUGCUCUUUCGGGGGAGUACGUUGUGGAGGAAAUCAUCGGAGACAACGGAAAGUUGCUGAGACGUCUUAUUUUUCUCGCCAACCAAUCGGUGGUCCAAUCGGAGGCAACCCUUCGAAUGAGUCGCGUCCGAGGAUCCCGUGCGCCCCAGAAAGUCGUCGACCCAGGCUACCUCGCGUGUCAACAUCACCUGUACAUGACGAUCGGUGUACAGCUUGCGGUGAAACUUGCGGAAGGUAACACCCAAGCCGUCACUCCCGUUGCCAUCAUCGGGCUUGGUGGCGGUGGUCUUUGCACAUUCGUUCGCGAGUGCCUCAAGACAACAACCAUCACAGCGAUCGAGAUCGACGAAGAGAUCGAACGUGUCGCAGUGAAAUAUUUUGGCCUAAAGCUCGACGAUCGACUACGCGUUGUAAUCGAUGAUGGUGUUCACUUUUUGGCCACGGAAGUUGCUCGUAGUGCACGGUACGGAGCGCUUCUCUUUGACGUAGACAGCAAAGAUCCUACGGUCGGAAUGAGUUGUCCGCCAGCUGCUUUCAUUGAAUCGGACGUGCUAGCUAACGCCCGGAAGCUCGUUGGUGCCGAAGGCCUGUUUGUGUUAAAUCUGGUAUGCCGUAACGACGGGUUACGAGAAGCAACAGUCCAGCGGCUCAAGCAUGCCUUCCGUUACGUUCUGUCCUAUAAACUGGACGAAGACGUUAACGAAGUGUUUUAUUGUACGGACAAUGAGCAUCUACGGGAUGCAACCAGCUGGCAAGAGCAGCUUCGAACGGCGGCCGAUGACGUCAAUCGGUUAGCGCGAAAGGAAAAGCUAACCCGCGAGCCAGAACUAGUCGAUUUGAGCGAUUUCGUUAGUGCGCUGAAAAUGUAG